CCUCUUAUCCCGCCCCCUCCUCGGCUUCUCUCCUCUACUCCUUAAACUGCUGAUGUGGUACUAACUUCAGCCUCCACCUCUGCAAACAUGUUCAACUUCACAUCAAAACUUUUGCUGCUUUUUCUCCUGGCCUUCCCCUGCGGUCUGAUAUCAGUUGGCCACGUUUACGCCGACUCAGACUCGGCCGAGGACAUUGUCGAGGACUCGGAUGCUGCAGUAGAUGAAGAGGAAGAUGAUGAAGACGUGCUUGUUGAAGAGGAUCAGAUCCAAACCUCGGAUGGCGACGAAGAUGACUCUGACGAAGCGGCGGACAAACUUUUAGCUUCUCACCCUGAUGCCGACACGACAAUCAUCUUCACCACAGGAGAAGAGUUUCCUGCCAAUGAAAUUGUGCGGUUCCUGGUGGGUUUCUCCAACAAGGGUAGUCAGGAGUUCACCGUUCAGUCCCUGGAGGCCUCCUUCCGUUAUCCCCAGGACUUCCAGUUCUUCAUCCAGAAUUUCACAGCUUUGCCCCUGAACACUGUCGUCAAGCCACAAGCUCAGGCCUCCUUCGAGUACUCCUUCAUCCCAGCACAGCCAAUGGCCGGUCGCCCGUUUGGACUUGUAAUCCUGCUCAACUAUCAAGACACUGAGGGCAGCGUGUUCCAAACUGCCGUUUACAACCAGACUGUCACCAUCACUGAACGAGAAGAGGGACUGGAUGGAGAAACAAUGUUUAUGUACGUGUUCCUGGCGGGACUGGUAUCCCUGCUGCUCUUCGGGAUGUACCAGGUCCUGGACUCGAGGACGAAAAAGAGGCUUUCUGUGAAAAUAGAAAAGGGCACUGCUGGAAUAAAUGAUGUGGACAUCAGCUGGAUUCCUCAGGAGACUCUUAAUGUCAUGAACAAGGCUUCCCCUAAAGCAUCGCCCCGGAAACGAACCAAGAGGGCGGCUGGGACAGACCAGUAAACGCGCCGUCUUCCUUUUGUCGUUAUAAUCUUGAUCAAACUUUCAGAACACCUCAUAACAAUAACUCAGUUCAUAUUUACAAGGAAUGAGCAUAUCUGGAAUUCAGUUUUUGAAGCAGAUUUUUUCUAUGUUUGAGAAUCGGAGAUUGAUACAGUCUCAAGGUAUUGCAUGCUGAGAGGAUCCUGGGUUCCUGUGCUCUCAUUGGACCGUGACCAAACACUAAGGAGACUGAACUGUGGUUCAUUUUAAAGGGACUUUUGUAUCUGUGUGUGUGUAUGUGUGUGUGUGAGAGAGAGAGAGAGAUGUAAUGGGAAAAAUAAGACAAUCAGUAAUUAAGAUUAUAAGGGCUGGCUUGAACUGCCUUCUUGAAGAGGGUUACAUUUGAGUUUAUUGCCACCCCUCUUUUUUUUUUUUUUUUUUUUUUUCCCAAUACCUGUUUUUUCUGGAUUUUACGACUUCAGACCAUUCGUGUUUUAUUUGUAUAAUGAAAAUAUCCCAGUCUUCUCUAUCAUCAAACCCUUCUCUGCCUUAUCUGGUCUCUUGCAAAAAAUGCAGUUGAUGGGGUUUUGUUUAAUUACCACAUGACUCACACAUAACAUCCAUGAUUUUAUUUUUUUUAAGUGGUACAGUGGCAGCUGCAAGUACAAAUGUCGAAACCAUGUAUCUCAGUGUCUCUGCAAGUCAGUUUUGCCGCCUUACUCCUGAGCAGAGCAUUUCAGAGCCUUCAGUCGGUGUUAGUGAUGCGGUCUUUCAGGUUGUAUGUCAGUAUUUGUGAUGCAACGCCUUCUGAAAAACAAUAAAAGGCUAAACAAAGUA